AUACAAUAAUCCUCUCAUUUGCAAACUAAUUGUUGUGAUGUUACUUGAAUUCGUGCUUAGGUUAGCUUAGUAAUGGAGGACCCAAUUCCUGUAACUGUAGAAAAAAUUUUGCUUCAACCAAAAGAAGAUGAAAUAAAUGAACAAGAUUCAACUUCCGUUAAGUCCGACAAUGAGGAAACGGCUCCACUCAGUGUUCCGAAACGGCCAACAACACCAGAGAAUGUGACCAAUAUUUCUUCUUCGUCAUGCAGCUCUCCUACGACACCUAGGGACAUUGCAUCAUUGGCAGGGUACUCUAGCUCUGCCCCAAGUACCCCACGAGAGGGGUCUUCUUCGGGAAGCCCCUCACCCAUCCCAGAUGAAGUGGUGGGUGAGGAAAAGGGGAAACCCCGUAUAAAGCUGGGUAAAGACUUAAGUAUGAUGAUGCAGGCACUUAAUGGUUUGCAAAGUCCUGAGGAAAAAAUAGCUGCUCUGUGCAAGUCUUAUGCGGAUCUUCUUGAUCGACAGAAACUCGUCCAAAAGCAAUUACGAGUCAGUCAACGAAAGCAGGCACAAACACUGAAGGAAAAAGAUUCUUUACAAGCUGAGCAUAAUAAGGCAGUUCUCGCAAAAGGAAAACUUGAAACAUUGGCCAGGGAAUUGCAGAAAAGGAACAAACUUAUCAAGGAAGAGCAAAAUCGUAAAUCGCUUGAAGAAGUUGCACUCAGAAAAGAAAUGACUGAUGAUUUUCAGGUAGCUAUAAACCGCGUUGAAGUCCAAAUGAAAACUACAGUUGAAGUGAGCAACAAAAUGAGGUCGGAAAAUGAUCAGAUUAGUUCCAAAUUCAAUGAUUUGGUUGAAAAGUUGAAUCAAAAGGAAGUGGUGAUUCAGAAUCUUGUAAAAGAAUCUGCGCUCCAGGAGCAGCUUAGCUCCAUGCAGUUAAAAAAGAUCACCAUGGAGCACAAGAUGCAAAAGGAGGCAGAUCGCGAUGAGAAAGUCGUCCUCCUUGAACGAAUAAAAGAGAUGAAUGAACUUUAUGAAGCGAUGAUCAAACAGGAAAAGGAUUUGAAAUUUCAGCUGCAGUAUUAUUCUGAAAAAUUUGAGGACUUUAAGUCUGGUUUGAAGAAAAGCAAUGAUAUUUUCACUUCCUAUCAAACUGAGCUGAAAAAUCUGGGAAAACAGUUAAAAAAGGCAGAGAAAGAAAAACAGACAAUACAGAAAAAAUGGGAGGAUUCGACAAAAGCACUUGCUGAUACUGUGGAAUAUACCCAGCAGCUUGAAACGAAACAAGCACGUCUUGAAAAGUUAAGUCGAGCCUUGCAGACCGAACGUAAUGAGUUGGUACAGAGGUUGCGAAAGUAUGAAGGGAAAACAUAUGAAGGAAAAAACAAGAAAACUGCGGAUGCUCCUCUGUCUUCCAGAGCAAAACGAAAGCAAGAGGUUGAGAGCAAAAAGCUCGCUCAAUCCAAACAGAAAACAGAUACCAGAACAGACAAGGAAACAGAUGUUGCAGUUAACCAAGUUGAUGAUAAAACUGAAGAAGCUGUUUCAAAAACGGAAGCUUUAGAUGUAAAAACUAAGGACUCACCUGUUUUGGAUACCAAUGUAAAAGAAGAAACAAAUCUUCAAGUCAGCAAUGAAGAAACUAAUUCUGAAUCUGAGACAGUAAUCCCAUGUUUAGAUAAGCAGGCAGAGGAACCUGUUCUUUCUCAGCAAGAAGACUUCACUAAAGAUGAAAAGAAAGAAGAGACAACAAAAAAUGAUACAGACGUGUCGGAAGCAGAGAGCAAAAUUUCCAUUUCUCCAAAAAUUGAAGAAAAUGAUUCCGUUAAUGAGAUUAUUUCGUCGGAGCAAACAAUCGAUACAAAAAUACCUUCAGAUGAAAACAUCAAUAAAGAGGAAGUCGAUGCUACAGAAGAUGUGUCGAAAGUUGAAAAUUGUCAAAAAGAUGACGAAACUCAGGAUUAAACAACUAUACAGAAUUUAAAAGUUCUUUUGCAGCUGCUUACUUUUAAAAUCAGUUUCACUUGUCUCAAUUUUUGAGCGAAUACCAAUUAUCGGAGUUUUGUGUAUUUCUGUUGAACUUCAUUUCCAAGUGGCCUUUCGUCAUGCAUGCAAUUUAUGUCAUCCAAGGGUGAUCAGGCCUUUUACAACCUGAAAUAUCCUCAUUGCAACCACAAUCAUUACAUACACCACUUGCUGUGUAGUUUGUUUUUGUGUGCCAAGUUUGCAAGUAGUUUCGUAAAAUAAAAACUUUAAGUUCA